UUGAGUGUUGUCUGGGCAGGAGCUGCUGGGCAAGUUGUGAGUGGCUUUAAGAGCGACACCAUCAUCGCUCCGGUGAAGUGGGGAGUCUUGGUUCAUCCCACGUUAGCAUUUUGUUGGUGAAUAUUUUCAUCAUCUUAGAAUAUCCACACUCUUCAUUCACCUGUGUUCUGUUUCUUAAGUCAUUUCCCCCUAAUCAAGACAGGCGGGGGGAGGGGGGACUGUUUCGAACCCCGUCUCUCGGUCCUGGGCGUGGCAGGCUGGCAUUUUCAACAGCACCAUCCGGCCAAGGGUUUAAUUACGCCCACGCUGGGAACAGCUCCUUAAUCUCACGGCAGGCUUUCAAAGACCAGGGGGAUUGUCCUCCUGUGCAAAACGCGAUCGCUAUUUUUAUAUUCCCGGGAGUGUGGCUCUCACACUUUCUGGCUGGGCGAGGGAGCUAGGCUGUUUUCAGAAGAAGACACUCCUUGUCCCGGCUGCCCCAGGCCUGGGCUUUCCAAGAGAUGGGAUUAAGAGAUGUCCCUGGGAGGGUGUUGCCAGGCCAAGGGGGAGCUUCGCCCCUGCAGGGGGGGCUGAGAGAUGGGCUCCCGGCUGCUCUCCACCCAAUGAUCCAAGCCAGCCUUUCACAAGGCUUCCUCGGUUGCCCUGAGCCCAGCCUGGGUCCCCCCGGGGAUCUCGCUGUAAAUCUGGGGCUCCUAGAAAAAAAGAUAAAAUUCAACCCCACCUGAGAGGGAUGAGAAAGGUCUAUAUGUUCCUUUGUAAUCAAUAUGGUAGCAGCAAAAAUCUCUUCCCCUUUUUUUUCAUUUCCCUUUGCAAAACUCAGCCUUCCUGCCGCUUCAAUAUCUACCAAACCAAUUAGGCAGGAUGGACUCUUCCUCCCUUGUAACGCCAGUGCUGGCUUUGCCAUUGUCCACAUUGCCCCCCCCCCCCCGGCUUAAACCCGGAGGACCUCAGCGAAGGGCCUGUGAUGUCUCGUUGGGGAGGGGCUUUCCCGGAGCUGCCCAAACUCACUCUGGCUGCCCAGGGACCCCCAGCUCGGACUCUGCCCUUCUGCCGCUGCCACCCAAGGAACCAGGGAGUGCCCGGGAUUGGGUGGCUGCGGAAACAGGGCGUUGGGAGGUGAGGAAGAAAGAAUGUGGCUGGUGAAGCUCACAGGAGGGUGUGUCGAAUUUAUAACGCAGAUCCGAGCAGCUUCUGGACAGCUUUCCCUUCUGAGGACGAGAGAGGAUGGCAGAGGGUUCCAAGCUCCAGUUGUUUGUCAAGGCCAGCACUGAUGGAGAGACCAUAGGGCACUGCCCCUUCUGCCAGCGCCUUUUCAUGGUCCUGCUGCUUAAGGGAGUGCCCUUCACGCUGACCACGGUGGACACCAAGCGGUCCCUGGAUGUCCUGAAAGAUUUCGCCCCGGGAGCCCAGCUGCCCGUCCUGCUCUACGACGGGGAGCCCAAAACAGACACCAUCAAGAUCGAAGAGUUUCUGGAGGAGACCCUGACCCCCCCUGAGUUCCCCACCCUGGCGCCCAUGUACAAGGAGUCCAUCUUAGCCGGGAAUGACAUCUUCCACAGGUUCUCUGCCUACAUCAAGAACCCGAUACCAGCUCAGGACGAAACUUUGCUCCACGCCCUCCUCAAAGCCUUCCGUAAGCUGGACCAAUACUUGAACAUUCCUCUGGACUACGAGCGGGUGCGAGACCCCCAGCUGGUCAUCUCCCGCCGGCGGUUCCUGGAUGGGGACCAGAUGACCCUGGCCGACUGCAACCUGCUCCCCAAACUCAACAUCGUCAAUGUCGUGUGCCAGCACUACCGCCAGGCGGGCAUCCCCAGAGAGCUGCGGGGCAUCGGGCGCUACCUGGAGUCCUCUUCCGAGACCAAGGAGUUCCAGUACACCUGUCCAAACCCCCAGGAGAUCAUCCAGGCCUACCACGGCGUGGUCAGGCAGCCCUAAUAGCCCACCCCCCCCCGGCUAAAGUCGGGGUCUGGCUAGCUCUGGCUGGCAGCCCCCUGGCUCCUCUUCCUUCUCUCUCAGAGUCACUCAUAGCGGAAGAAAGCAGGGCAGGCCCAGACCUGUGGGACCCCCGUGGGCACGGUCUUUAGGUGGGUCCGGCAUCGCCAUCUUCCUCUCCCGCCAAGGCGGUGGGUGCUAGGCAAUGGGGUCAGGCCCUGGCCCUGCCCUUGGGCAGUACUGGCAGGGCCAAUGUGCUGUGGUGGUCCCUGGCUAGCAAGCCUGCCUUUCUUCUCUGGAGGGCUGCCCUCUCUUCCUCUUGACCAGAUUCAGCCCGGAAGAUUUGAGGGAGGACAGUCAGCUCCCUUCACACCUGCAAAGAUGGCCUGAAGGCCUUGAAGUGGGGCUGGGGGCUCUGUGUGUGUGCGUGUCAGAGCAUGUCUGCAUUUCCACAUUCUCUCUUCACCCAUGGCUCUUUUGAAGUGCAAUACCCCCUCCCCCAAAUGUCCAAUGCUUUAAAUGUCUUUCCCCCAAAUUAAAUAGACGCUAAUAUAUCAAUAGA